AUUAAAUAUGAUGGACGAUGAAUUCAGUUAUUUGUUCAAAAUAAUUUUGAUUGGUAUAUUUGGAAUACAAUGAUUAGGUGAUUCAGGAGUUGGGAAGACUAACUUAUUCAAUAGAUUAUAAAAUAAGGACUUUUAAUAUGAUACAAGACCAACAAUAGGAGUAGAGUUUAUAAAUCGAACCGUUAGAUAAGAGGGGAAUUUAAUAAAGUGUUAAAUAUGGGAUACAGCAGGAUAAGAAAAGUAAGAGUUAUUGAAUUUAUUAUAAGAUUUCGCGCAAUAACAAGUGCUUAUUAUAGAGGAGCAAAGGGUGUAUUUGUUUGCUAUGAUGUAACAAAAUAGGGAACAUAUGAAUCAACACUAAGAUGGAUGAGCGAAAUAAAAUAAUAUGGUGAUCCUGAUAUUGUGAUUACGUUGGUAGGUAAUAAAAUAGAUUUGGCAGAAUAAAGAGUAUUUAAAUAUAAAUAAUAAAGAUUGUGAGAACAGAUGAAGUCUCUUAAUUCUGUGAAUAGAAUAAGGUUGGAUACAUAGAGACAUCAGCACUUAAUAAUACCAAUGUGGAUCUAGCAUUUAAUUAAAUGGUUACAGGUAAUAUGCUAUCAUCUUAAAUUUAGAAAUUUAUAAAAUUGUAUCAACUUAAAAACCCAUCAGUUAGAAUCAAUUAGGAAUCAAUGAUGUCUAUGUAUUAAAGAAAGAAACACAACCUGAUUUAUCGAAGAAGAAGAAGCAAUGCUGCUGAAAAU